AUGGCAAACAUUGAAAAUCAUUUGAAUAAUUUUCGUCAAUGGGUUCAUGAACAACAACCAACACUUAAUUCACUUGAUACUGAUGAAUUUUUAUUACGUUUUUUACAUGUUACAAAUUAUCAAUUGGAUGAUGCUAAAGAAUGGUUAAUACGUUUUUGGAAAUAUCGUACAGAAAAUCCACAAUGGUUUACAGAUCGUGAUCUUUUAAAAAAUCCUUUAAUGCAGGAAAUAGCUGAAAUUGCUUAUUAUUUUCAAUUACCAAAAGAGACUAAAGAUAAACAACUUAUUGCUGUUAUGCGUAUGGGACAUUAUAAUACAACUAAAUAUUCAUUAGAUGAUGUAACUAAAUAUGCUUUUGCUGUUACAGAUAUUCUUAAUACUCAAGAAGCAGGUCGAACACAUGGUUAUAUUAUAUUAUUAGAUUUAUCCGAGAUUAAAUUACAACAUAUUAGUCCAUUUACACCGGAUCGUGCUCAUCGUUAUGUGGAUUGUUGGGAAAAAGUUUAUCCAGUAAAUUUGGUUCAAAUACAUUUUUAUAAUUAUCCUCGUAUAUUCGAUCCAAUUUUACAUUUAUUUCGAAUGUUUCUUUCUCGAAAAUUAAGUGAUAAACUUUUUCUUCAUUCAAAAUCAUCUGAUGAAUCAACAAAUAAAUCAUUACAUCAACAUAUUGAUCCAUCAGUAUUACCAAAUGAAUAUGGUGGUCAAUUAGGUUCAAUUAAUGAUAUUAAUAAAACAUUUAUUCAAAAGAUUCGAGAACAAAAUGAUUAUAUGAUGCAAUUUGAUAAAUAUGGUAUUGAUUUAAAACAAGCAUCAAAAUUAUUAAAAAUAAUUCAAAAAGAACGUGAUUAA